AUGAUUAAAAGACCAAGACAAAUAGAUUAUUUUAGGACAGUGACUCGUAUAAAUGUUUGGGAAGAGUUUAAUAGCUUUGAUAAUGAGGGUUAAACAAGCAACGGAUAAUCGUUAAACAAUGCAUAAGUAGCUAUUUUAAAUAGUGAUAAAAAUGAUAAAGAAGGAAUGGCUCUAGCCAAAAAGCAAGAAAUACCUAUCAUAGCAGCAGCUAACAUUAAAAUAUAAAACAAUAAUAACUAAUAAACAGCUGAUGAUUUAUAUAAAAAGAGACGUAUACAUACAAGCAAUUAUAUUAGGAUUCGCUAAGAUUAGAUUUGGCCUUUACAAGAUAAAUAUGAGUUAGCAGAUGAUGAUAUUAUAUUUUUGAAAGAUUUUAAUGAAUCUAAUAAUUUUAAUAUGAAAGAAGAAGAAUUAGAAUUUUUAAUUGAAAAUUUCGAACUUAAGUCAGGAAAAGAUUUUAUGAUAAAUUGGAUUGACAUGAAGGAUUAUAUCAGCAACGAAUUAAGAGAUAAGUAUACCUUUUCUAAUUUGGAAAAGAUUUAUAACUACUGGAAAGGUAAAAGAGAUCUAUUAAAAAGACCAUUAUUAAGAUUGCAUUGGAAGCCUAACUUCAACGAUAAAGAUCCUCAUGUCGCCUUCCGUCCUAGAGUAGCAGAGAAAAUGAAACUUAGAGGAUCUAGGAAACAGAAUGAUGAUGAGCAAUACUAAAAAUUAACUUAACUAAAAGAAGAAAUGAUCAAGUAUAAGAUGUUAGUUCAAUAGAUCAAAUUAAGAGAAUAAAUGAAAGAAAUAAUUCUCGAAUCUUAGAGCUUGUCUUUUGUUAGUGAGCUGUACAAAUAAGAUAAACAAUUAUAAUAUUUCUUUGUAGAUGAUGUAUUCGAAAAUUACAAAGAUUUAGAAAUAAAAAAAUAGAAGACAGAUGAAAAAAUGAAUUAGCUUCAUUUAUAAAAUAGCCAACUUAACGAAUAACUAACUGCUUUCAAUCUGUUCCCUGUAGUACAUAAAAACUCUGACUUUAUUAUUAAAAAGGGACUUCUUAAACCUACUAUUAGCAGUAUGAAUAAAGAACCUAAGUAAAACUUUGAAUUCUAAAAGUCUUCAGAGGCUAAUUCAAAUGGCAACAAUAAUAACAACACUUCUUCAAUAUCAACAUCAAAUAGUGUUAACUUACAAAAUGCUAUAUUAAAAGGCGAGUUAAAGAAAACAAAAGCUAGCAACAGAUAGCCAGAAGAAACUUAAGUAACUGCAGAGGUAGAGUUAAAAAAGUAAAAGAAUACAAAAAAAUCAUAGAAAGAUGGAGAAUAGGUUGAAUAACCUAUCAGCACUCCUAUUAUAACAUCUCAAAAAGAUCCAACUCAAAAUAAAGGGAAUAAUAAUACAUAAAGUGUUUCUUAAACUAGCGUCACUCUUCCACUUAUUCCUCCUUUAACUAAUCAAAAAGAAAAUGUAUAAAAAGGAAAACAAAUAUCUAAAAAAGGAGACAAAAAUGGAGAAGACUCUGCUUAAAAACAAAAUAAUAAAUUAAACCCUUAAGAAAGUUCUUCUUAAAAUCCUGAUUAAUAGUAAUAAAAAUAGUCUAUCUAGGAAAGAGAGUAAGAAAGCUAGAAAACUGAGAACAAAGAACCACACAUUUCUUUAAAUCCUAACUUAUAGCUUUUCAAUACAGAUAAUUUUGAAUUCGUAUCUUACAUUACAAGUAUCUACUUAGAUGCUGUUAAGAGAGAGCUAACAAUGGAAAAAGUGUGUAAUCUUGACACAAAAAAUAUUGAUCGUGAGCAAUUUUCUCACAUUCUUAACAGUAAAACUGAGUUGGCCUAGUAGCUCAAAAAGCUUCAUAAGCCUUCAACAGUAGUUUAAAGUCAAUCUGAAAACAGCAAGCAAUAAAUUUAAGAAUUUUAUAAAAAUCCAUAAUAAGUCAACCCACCUUAUUUGCAUCCACAUUAUGACUAAAAUUAAUUGAGAAAUAUUCCACCAGAAAAAAUGCCAUAUUUAUAAAGAUAACAAGAAAUGUAAUACCAGAAUCAAAACAGUUAAGUUAAUUAAGAAGUACCUCAUUCUAAAAGAAAGAAUGUUAUACCUUUUAAGCCCCGUUUGCGUUUAGGUAGAUCAGGUCUUAUUAACAUAGAUCGUUAAUUUGAUGAUAAAGAUAACCUGCGCUAUGAAGAUAUAUGUAGCAAAGAGGCCAAUUAUCAUCCAAAUAAAGUAGUAGAUAAAUUGUUAGCAGAAAAGCGCUAAAAAGAAAAUGCUGAAUAAUAAAAACUUAAAGUAUAUAGCUAUACACCAUCUGAUCAGGAUAUUUACAAAAAAGAUUUCUUCUAAGAAAGACAACGAAAAUUAAAGUUAUUAGCUGAAGAUGAUGAAACUUAAUUCCUCUACCCUACUACUAGCAAUUAAGGUAACGGAGCUACUUCUUCUCAAUAAGGAAGUAAUUAAGGUUUUUCUCAACAGCAGUUAAACAGCUCAACCUAGUAAGCAGUUUCAACUAUAAAUUAAGAAAGUAGUUAAAUGUAAAUCGAAGAUAACCUUAAUUCUACUGUCUCUUCGUCUUUAUAAUAGCAAUAAUAAUUAAAUUAUGAUUAAGAUAUAAAACUAUUAAGAAAAUCAAUCAGUUUAGCUCUAAAAAAUUAUUAGAAGUAGAAACAACUUAAUUAAAUAAAAUGA